GGCUGGGCUGCAGAAGAGCUAUAAGUAACGCCAGUCACUAAUCCCCACGCAUAUUUGACUAAUUCUCCCAAUCAGAAUGGCCAACAACGACCUGUAUAUGCUUUAUAAAGGACUUCUUCUCCCAAAGAUCGCGCACACCGAGGACAGUCUGAAAUAUUUUGAGUCGUUUCACGUGCAGGACGAUGACGUGUUUGCAGUUACAUAUCCCAAAUCUGGUACAACAUGGAUGCAAGAAAUUCUUCCCCUGCUCCUGAAUGGAGGGGAUCUUACUCCAGCACUGACCAUCCCAAACUGGGACAGAGUGCCGUGGCUUGAGGAGUCACGUGCUGCUGGCGUCAUGGACAAGCUGAGUGCUCCACGGGCCUUUGUUUCCCAUAUGCAUUAUCACCUGAUGCCUCCCUCAUUCUUCUCUUCUAAGGCUAAGGUCAUUUAUGUUUCUAGAAACCCAAAAGAUAUUGUGGUUUCCUCUUUUCACUUUCACCAAAUGGCCAGUUUUCUGCAUGACCCAGGAACCUUGGAAGAAUUUGCAGACGAAUUCCUAGCAGGGAACGUGAUGUUUGGAAAGUGGACCGAUCACAUGAAGAGCUGGAGAAACACCGAUUUAGGAGACAGAAUUCUCUACAUCACAUAUGAGGAGAUGGUUCAGGAUCUGCAUGGAGUUCUUGAACGCAUUUUAUUUUUUCUUGGCAAGCAAAUGAGCAAAGUGGCUCUGAAACGCGUGAGUGAACACUGUGAGUUCAAAACCAUGAAGCAAAACAAAAUGUCCAACUACUCGCUGGUGCCACAGACAGUAAUGGACAGCAAGAAGUCUCCUUUUCUCAGAAAAGGAAUUGCUGGAGAUUGGAAGAAUUAUUUCAGCCCAGAGUUGGAGUCAAAAUUCAAUGCGACCAUUUAUGAAGAACUAAAUGGAACUGACAUCAUGUUCCCCUGGGAUGAGGAACACAAAUGAAAUCCCACUUCUUAAAAUGAGGAUAAAUGUAAAAUUAAAUUUGUCUUUUUAAUUGUAUUAUACCAUAGUAUAUAUAAUAUACUAUUCCCCUUUAAAGGUCUUUAAGAGUGAACUUUUUAAAGGUUGCUUUUUUUUUUAAUUAUAAAUGUAUGAUUUCUCAUUUUAGAUAGUAUAAAAAUUUACAAAAAGUAGCUGAACAUUCCCAGUGUCAGUUUAUUGCUAUAUCACAAUGUGCAGGAACACAUCAGAAACUCAUACCUUAUGAAAACAUUUAUGUAACACCAAUGCUUCGUAAACUACAUUCCAAAGAUUAUUUAGUGUUAGACUUUUCUAUAUUCCAUGUAUAAAACUUAAAAAGGGAUAAAGAAGCCUUUUCUUUUUAUGUAUCAAACAUCUGAAAUACAUUAGCAUUAAAUAUUAAAUAAAUAGCUAAGGAGAA